GCCCAGCGUGAGUCCUGUCGGCCCCAGAGAGCGGCCAGCUGCGUCCCGCCCUUCGGCCUGGUUUCGUCCCGGGCUCUGACCCGGCGCGGGGCCUUUACCCCCGCCUGCUCUCAGCUCAGCCACCGGGGUUGCAAGUGUAGAUGCUGCACCAGCCUGCGCCCGCCGCCAGCCAGCCGCUGAGGCUCAGUCCCUUACCCUCGGACUGAGAGUGAUGCAGUCAGAGGCAGGCUCAAUAGCCCUUAAACUCAGCUCUCCGUUGAAGAUCCCUCUCAGUCAUGUCAGUGUAAAGCUUGGAGGAAAUGAUUGUUGCCAAACCAGGGAAAACACCAAUUCAGUUGUUACAUGAAUAUGGCACGAAGGCUGGUAUCACUCCUGAGUACAAGUUUGAGAAGGCUGAAGGACAAGUACAUCUUCCAAGUUUCACCUUUAAAGUCACAGUAGGUGAAAUAACAGGCACAGGUGAAGGUCAUAGCAAGAAGAUUGCAAAACACAGAGCUGCAGAAGCUGCCUUGAACGUUUUGAAAGGAAAUCCAAGUAUUGGUCUUUCAGUGCCAGACUCCAUAGUUCCAGAUUCUCCAAAGCAACCACAAAAUCAAACCAAUCCUAUAGGUACAUUACAGGAACUGGCUGUUCAGAAGGGAUGGAGACUUCCAGAAUAUUCACUUGCGCAUGAGUCGGGGCCUCCUCACAAGCGGGAGUUUACAAUGACUUGCAGAAUAGAAACAUUUGUAGAAACUGGGACUGGGACAUCUAAGAAACUAGCAAAGCGAAAUGCUGCUGAAAAAUUACUUGCCAAAUUCCACAGUUUCCCUCCAGAUAGCAUCAAUAUUUCCUUAGGAAAUGAAGUGGGAAAUAAUUUAGGAUGCACAUGGGAUGCCUUAAGGAACUCAUCAGAAGAAAAAAUUACCUUGCUGAAGAGAAGUCCACUCAGUAUUCCUAAUACAGACUAUGUCCAACUGCUUGGAGAAGUUGCAGAAGAACAAGGUUUUGUUAUAACAUAUUUGAAUAUAGAAGAGCUGAGCGUGAAUGGACAGUACCAAUGUCUUGCUGAACUCUCAACCAAUCCAGUCACAGUUUGCCAUGGUACUGGGAUUUCUUGGGGCAGUGCUCACAACGAUGCUGCUCACAAUGCAUUACAGUAUUUAAAGAUCAUGGCUGGAAGAAAAUAAACUAGAAAUAGAAAAAAAUCUUUUGAUAAAGAUUUAACUUAAAAGAUAUUUCCAAAGUUGGAUGCUUUCCCAUAUAUGUAGUUCAAAUUAAUUUUGGGCUAUUUUUAAGUCACUCCACAAACACCAUUUUAAUUAUGCAUUGCUUUGAAUUGAGUCAGUCAUAAGGUUUUCAUUUUGGAUUGGUUUACUGUAUUUAGCUCUCAGUAUUGUAAAGCAGUGAGGACAUUAAAUUACUGCUUGCAUACUUACUGAAGCAUAAAUGCUCCCUUAUGGAAAACCUGUAGGGAGAAUUAUAAAUUUGAUACCAGAGUUCGAGAACACAGACAUCAAAGAUGGUAGCUAUAGGAAGACCAAUCCUACAGUGUCCUGAGUACCCCCUAAACACCAUAGUUUUCAGUGGGAGUUGGGGAUGGUCUGUUCUUUGCGGGGGCAGCCCUUUGAAGAGCAUAUUCUGUUGCUGUUUAUAGCCCAAUGGAAAUGUUUUUGAUUAUAUGCUUUGGUAUCAUAGAAUAUCAGGGUUGGAAGGGAUCUCAGGAGGUCAUCUAGUCCAACCACCUGCUCAAAGCAGGACCAAUCCCCAACUAAAUCCCCAAAUGGCCCCCUCAAGGAUUGAACUCACAAGCCUGGGUUUAGCAGGCCAAUGCUCAAACCACUGAGCUAUAAAAGAUGGGCAUGGUGUUUUAUGAAUGUUCCCAUUUUAUUUUAUUUUUAUUGUGUGUGAAUGGUGGCCUUUUAAACCCAUUAUCUGAGAUUGGAACUUGAAAGCAAUGUAAUGGCUACAGAAACAUCACUGCCCUCUUUUAAUAAAGAUAUCUAUAAAUGUCAUUAGCUGUUCUUUAAUAAAUUAAGGUUAACUCCUGUAA